AUGUCUGUCGAGACGAUUGCGACCAAGCCUUUUGAAGGCCAAAAGCCCGGUACUUCGGGCCUGCGCAAGCGUGUGAAAGUGUUUGAACAAGAACAUUACACGGAGAACUUUGUGCAGUGCAUUCUGUCGGCGAUUCCCGGUGGUGCCAAGGGUGCUACGUUGGUGGUCGGUGGUGACGGUCGCUACUUUUCGCAGCCAGCUGUUCAGAAGAUUAUCCGCCUGGCCGCUGGAAAUGGCGUGUCAAAGUUGCUCAUCGGCCAGCAGGGUAUCCUCUCUACGCCUGCGGCAUCGCAUGUCAUCCGUCUGAACAAGGCUACUGGUGGCAUCCUUCUAACCGCGAGUCACAACCCCGGUGGUCCGAACGCGGACUUUGGUAUUAAGUACAACAUGGAGAAUGGUGGACCUGCUCCGGAGGCCGUGACGAACAAGAUCUAUGAGCUCUCGGCGCAGAUUGACCACUACCUGAUUCAGCAGGGCGAGGACGUGGACCUGAGCCGGCUGGGCACCACGCAGUUCGGUAAUAUGCAGGUUGAGGUUAUUGACUCGGUGAAGGACUACGUCGAGUACCUGAGCAAGAUUUUCGACUUCAGCAUGAUUAAAGAGUUCCUUGCCGCGACACAGUUCAAGGUGCGCUUUGACGCGCUGCAUGGUGUCACGGGUCCUUAUGCGCGUGCGCUUUUCGUUGACUGCUUCGGUCUGCCCGACUCGGCUGUCCAGAACUCUGUGCCGUCGCCCGACUUUGGCGGUGGCCACCCCGACCCUAACUUGACGUACGCCAAGUCGCUUGUGGACGCCGUGAAGACCGAGGGUCUGGACUUUGGUGCGGCCAGUGAUGGCGAUGGUGACCGUAACAUGAUUUUGGGUAAGGGCGCUUUUGUGAACCCCAGCGACAGCGUGGCCAUUAUUGCCGACUGGGCGCAGACAGCCAUUCCCUACUUCCACGGCGGUAUCCGCGGUCUGGCACGCAGCAUGCCUACGAGUGGCGCCAUUGACCGGGUCGCCAAGGCGCGUGGAUAUGAGCUGUUCGAGGUACCCACGGGCUGGAAGUUCUUUGGCAACCUCAUGGACGCUGGUCGACUCUCGAUUUGUGGUGAGGAGAGCUUCGGUACUGGCUCCGACCAUAUCCGCGAGAAGGACGGUCUGUGGGCGGUGGUCGCAUGGCUCAGCAUCCUGGCUAGUGCUCACAAGAGCCAGCCCGGCACGUCGGUCGCCGAUGUGUUGCAGGCGCAUUACCAAAAGUACGGCCGUAACUUCUUUAGCCGCUACGACUACGAGGAGGUCGACAGCGCCGGCGCCAAGGCGAUGAUCGACCAGUUGCGCACCAAGCUGGGAGACGCUUCCUUCAAAGGCACGAAACUUGGUCCCUUUACUGUGGCCGAAUCGGGCGACUUCUCGUACACGGACCCGAUUGACGGUAGCGUGAGCAAGAACCAAGGUCUCUAUGUUAAAAUGGAGGACGGCUCGCGCCUCGUGUUCCGACUUAGUGGUACCGGCAGCGCUGGUGCGACUAUUCGCCUGUACGUCGAGAAGUACUCGUCAGACCCGAGCGAGUACGAUGCAGACGUUCAGCAGGCGCUAAAGCCGAUCAUUGACGUCGCGCUUGAGCUGAGUGCGCUGCAGCACCACACGGGCCGCUCUCAGCCUACAGUAAUCACGUAA